AUGCAGACCGUCCGCGCUCCCGCGUCCUCUCGGGUGGCUGGUGGCCGCCGCGUUGCUCUGCGGAGCAAUGUCGUGCGCCCUCGCAAGCUGGUCGUGCUCUCGGCCAAGAAGUCUGUGGGCGAUCUCACCAAGGACGACCUCGAGGGCAAGCGCGUGUUUGUGCGCGCGGACCUCAAUGUGCCGCUUGACAAGCAGACCCUGGCCAUCACCGACGACACCCGCAUCAGGGCGGCGGUGCCCACCCUGAAGUACCUCCUGGACAACGGCGCCAAGGUGCUGCUCACUUCCCACCUGGGCCGCCCGAAGUCGGGCCCUGAGGACAAGUUCCGCCUGACGCCCGUGGCGCCGCGCCUGUCCGAGCUGCUGGGCAAGCCGGUGACCAAGCUGGACGAUUGCAUCGGCGCUGAGGUGGAGAAGGCGGUCGUCGACGCCAAGAACGGCGAGCUGCUGCUGCUUGAGAACGUGCGGUUCUACAAGGAGGAGGAGAAGAACGAGGCCGAGUUCGCCAAGAAGCUGGCGGCCAACGCUGACCUGUACGUGAACGACGCGUUCGGCACUGCGCACCGCGCGCACGCGUCCACCGAGGGCGUGACCAAGUACCUGAAGCCCUCGGUGGCCGGCUUCCUGCUGCAGAAGGUGUGGGGGCGCGUGUGGAUCUGGGGUGAUGGUGGCGGCUCGUGGUGGUGCUAG